AUAACGGAGAAGAAACAAAGGUGUUAAAAUUAAAAUUGGAUCAAGUUGAAAAUGAUCAUGUUGAAGCCAAGUCACGAAUCCAACAUCUCGAAUUAAAGCUUACUCGCGCCAACGACGAAAAACAAAGCUUGAGGAAAAUGCUUGAAUUGGCCAAGCAACGCGCAGAAACAAGUAACAGCUUUAACUCCGACAGGGCCAACCUCGAUAAAACCCGACAAGAACUUGUUCAUACAAGGGAGCAAUUGGUGAAGUCCACAGCAGAUUAUACUGUGUCUCGAGAGAAGCUGGACCAGCUGCAAAAAGCCAUUCGUGAUUUACAAUCCGAAAAUAAUAAAAUUCAACAAAAUCGUGACGAAUUACAACAACGCGUUGAUAAUUUGAUCCGUUCCAAGGCUCAGAACACCGCAGCAAUGUCCUUUGAACAAGAUACCGCCGAUGUCAACCCUGCUCUUGUCACCAAGAUUCACAGUUUGAAGGCAAGCAACCUCAUGUACAAGGACGAGAACAAAUAUUUGAAAGAACGAGUUCGUAAGCUGACGAUGUCGUUGAGCAAAAACCAAAAUUUGGAUGACCUCUUGAAGUCAGGUUCAUCAGACGAUGAAACAGGCAAUAUGGUUGACUACACGCAUGAAAAAUCACCAAGAGAAUCAAAAUCGAAGAGACACUCUUCUAUCUCAUCACAUCAGCCUACUGAUUCUGGUAUGAUCCCGUCCCGCUCAGUUAAAACAACUUCGUUGUUAAAUACAGCUUCCUCGCACCCUACACCUAAACUGUCGGAACCCUCUCUUAAUCCUGCUCGUGGACUAAACGUGGCUCUUGGUAAACCAGCUGUCACCACCCAGCAAGGUCUGGUCAGAUCAACAUCCAAAUCAUCUCCCCCCGUACCAGCACGGCCACCAAUCCCAGUUGUUGUGCCUAAGGGCAAGAAGAAGGACAAUCGGUUGAAAAAGUUCGUAAACAGCCGUAAUCCGAGUAAAGUCAUUGAUAGCAGACCCAUCAUCAGUCCAGUGCACGAUCGACCACUCACUAUGGAAGAAAGGAUGGUUAAAAAAACCAAAAUGGACAUGCGAUAUGUCUCGAUGGUUGAAGAAUGGGUUCAAAAAAAGAAACUAGCCGAUGUAACCGAUUCGGACAUUGAUAACAUCCUUGAGGAGAUUAACUCCAACUUUAAGGUGAUGAAGUCUGUCAACAAUCCUGAUCCAAAGACCAUGUCUAAGUACGGAAUCGAAGGAUUGUAUCAAAUCGACGUACCCGACAAGUGGGAUUUAAGGGAAAAGGCUUAUGCCUGGAUUCUGUCCUAUUACUGCUCACAAAAUGCCAAGGCCUUCCAUGAUAUUUUCACAAGACUUAGUGCUGAAUUAGCUAAAUGUCUGAAGGCUAAACGCCCCGAUGUCUCCGGCUCUCGCUACUGUCGUUUGCUAUGCCUGUUAUGUAAAUCACGUAAUGAUGUUGAACGUACCAGAACACUCUGCUUUGAUGUCAUUCGUGAAUCAACUUGUAACAACAACACAUUUGCCUGUUUGUACAACAUUGUUUGUGGCUGGCAAGAUUGUCUUGUUUCAGGUAAGAAGCCUUCGUUAUUGUUGAAAGCUGUACAAAGCAGUAUCCAACAUAUUUAUGAUCACUCGGGCAUUCCUGACAAUGUCAAGGUAAUGUACACCGAGAUCACCAAACGUUGUGAUUGGGACGCACUAGACCGAAUCCCUCCCACCAGUGAGGUGAUCGAGGAAGUGAUGGCACAACUCCUGGGUCUUGAAGGUGUACCUGUUACAAUCGCCUUUGACUGUUUGAGAUUUGAAAUCGUGAAGUCCUUUGAGUUGAUAUUCCACGUCCUGGGUGACUGGAAAAAAAUGUACAAUGAGUUCAUCUUGGUUAAGUUGUGGCCCUUAUUGACGAGAGACGUGAUAGACGAUGUGGCAUUAGAAACUAUGGCCGUCUUGGGUACCUUCGGUCUCUCUCAAGACCCCCUUAAAGAAGACCAGCCUGGUGUACAGUACUUGUUCGAUAUUAUGAUACAAGUUGCUAGUGUUGAUGUCUCAGCAGAUGACGAAAGAGAUAUUCAAAUGACCGCCAUCAAGGGUGCUUGGAUGUUGGGUGCUCACGACCCAAUUCGUGUCGCAAAGAUCAGACAAUGCGUUGAAACGAUAAAUAACUCCUCGAUGAUUUAAUACUGGGAUAUUGGGCUAUUAUAAUUUUAAGUUGUGUAACAAAUAUAUAUAUUUAUAUAAAAACCUGUCCAGCCAAUAUAAGACCAGUAAA